GUCAGGCGAAAGCACUGCCAUUUAGCCUGGCAGAGGAAGGGGAAAAGCUGGAUUUGCUUGUGAAAUGUAGCUGAACCAGCAGCAGGGCGCUUUUUUGUAGUGAGCGAGAAUCGAAGGAGGCCGAUUAGGCUGAGUCAAUCAGUUUGAGUUUGGCGAUCCUGUCGAAAGGGACGCUGUUGUGUUGUCGUGCACUCGCGCCAAAUAGGAAUAUCCAUAUAAGUUGUUUGGGGUUAUAGCAGAACAGUAGGCCAUAACUGCAAGCGGUGCUCGUCGUUCAAGUUAUCGAUUUUUUUCUGCGCUUCACCGCAGCAACCAACUUACGGCUCAGCGACUCCACCCGUUGUCUCGUCUACCCGUGACCAGUGUUUAGAUUAGAAAGGUGAGCUUGACGCUAGUGGACCGUAGUUCAGGAUGGGUUUGAAAAAACGCAGCACAGAUUCGGCCGAACCCGCUGCUCAACCGGUGCACCGUGAAACGUGGGUAUCGACAAAUAAAAUUCUCAAUAGUAGUCUGAGUGCAAAGCGCAUGAACAGCCGCAAUCCUAAUUUCGACUACGACGAAACAAAAUUGCUUAUAUCACUAUGGGGGGAUCCACAAGUUCAGAAAACACUCAUCACCACCCACAAGAAGCACCCGGUAAUUGCCGAAUUGGCACUGAAAAUGCGUGAAUUUGGAUACAACCGGUCUACGGAGGAAAUUAAUACGCGCAUAAAAAAUCUCAAGUGCUUCUACAAUCGCAUCAAAAAGGAUAUGGCGGCCGGAAUCAUCAAUCAGACAACUUGGAAACACUUUAGUGAAAUGGACGAAAUCAUAAGCCGACCGGUAUUCGGAAAUGCUCAUCGGUUGCACAUGAUGCAGCAGCAAAAACAGCAGCAGGAAGAAGAGGAGCUCAAAAAACAAAUUCUAGAGCAGCAAGAACAAAUGCAACGCUUUCCCGUCAAACUGGAAUUAAUGAGCGAUGAUGAUUCAACGGAAAUCCGUGCAGAAGAUCUCUUGACUAUCGAUACUAAUCCGCCAGAUGAGUCAUUAAAUGCCUUGGAAAAGAAUGAACUGAAUAUUAAAGAUGAUUCUAAGAACAAUUACGAGGAAGACGAUGAUGAUGACGACGACGAAGAUGACGAUAGUGAUUUCGAUGUGGAAAAUGAGUUCAACGAUGGGCUGGAUGAGUUGCUUUCCAAAGCAAAGGCUACAACUAGUAAUACCACUCCGGCUUCUGAACAGCCAUCGGCUGCUACCCGCCUGACACCUAAACCCACCAGCGUCAGCGAGUCUGUAACCAUCACAAGCGCCACCUCCUCUCCCGCGAGUUCACAAGGUAAAAUAUCUGUUGUCCCGACAAACCUCCUGCUAAAACCAACCCCGGCAAACGUCAGCAUAAGUUCGCCGAUUCAAAUCUACACCCAACCGACGGUUACCCUGGCCAAACCACCCACUCUUGCACCUGCUCCGCAAGGUGUGAUAACAUCUAGUUCAUCGGCAGCCGGUAUGGCACCAAUGAAACUGCUACUAGUCAAUACCGUCUCAAAGGAUGGAACAACGCAACAGAUUUUGACGCCAGCUUCGGAGGUUCCAAAAAUGCCCCAGAUGCGUCCAGCCCCCAUGUUGGCUCCAAAACCAACCGUCAUUCCGAUUGCCCCUAAACCUCCAACCGUGAGCAUACCUGCCAUCAAUGUUCCACAAGCAUCGGCCCCGGACAAUUUGACCACUGCUGGAAGAAACCCGAAACCAGUUCUACUGAAUGGGGAGAAGUCAUCAAGCGUGAAAGCCCUACUCAAUCAGUUGGUUUCUGUUCAACGCGAAAAUCUUACUGUUUCCAAAGCCAGGUUGGCACUGGAAAAAGAGCGCCUCCAGUUUGAAAAACAAAUUGGAGGCCCAUUGGUUGACGUCGUACGAAGCUUGAGUAGUUUCUUUAACGGGUUUAUGCAGCAGCAUCAGAAAACUAACGCUGCCGCGCGUGAAGAGAGUGGACAACCUUCAGCCAAGAAAAGACGUACUGAAAACAGUGCAGAUAAACAACAGCAACCGGCUGUUACCACGACAGAAGCCAUCAAAGCUGAAGUGAUUAGUGAUACUGAAGAGAAUUGAAUAAGUUUUCAGAUUUCAUUCCGUUUGCAUUCCAUUAAGAUUUUUAAUUUAUUUAAUUUAUUGCUAGUAAUUUAUUCUCCUCACCCCAAUCAUAAGAAUGAACCACAAAAAAUAUUAAUUUAAGCACCUCAGAAGAGCAAACCUGUUACAAUAAAUAAAGACGAUAUAUUUCUAAUAUAAAUUCUCGUAAA